AUGGCAGCUGACCUUCGCAUCGGCCUGCAGGAAGAUCCUGACGUUCUUGAUCCGGAUCAGUCGCGGACAUUUGUUGGCCGUAUCGUUUAUGCGUCCUUGUGCGACAAGUUGGUCGACAUCACGCCCGAUCUCGAAAUCGUUCCUCAACUGGCCACCGGCUGGUCAUGGUCAGACGACGGCCUGACGCUGACGAUGGAUCUGCGCGAAGACGUCACGUUUCACGACGGCACGCCGUUUGAUGCGGAAGCAGUCAAGGCCAAUAUCGACCGCUCCCAGAACCUGCCGGAAAGUCGGCGCAAGAGUGAAGUCAAAACCAUCCAGUCCGUUGAAGUCACUGGUCCGCACCAGGUGCAGUUCAAGCUCAAAGGGCCCGACGCGACCCUUCUGGCACAAUUUGCCGACCGAUCUGGCAUGAUGCUGUCGCCAACAGCCGCCGCCGCGGCCGGUGUGGAUUUCGGUGCAAAUCCCAUAUGCUCCGGUCCAUUCAAAUUCGCGGAAAGGAUCGCGCAAGACAGGAUCGUGCUCGAGAAGUUUGGUGACUAUUGGAAUGCGAACGCCAUCAAUUUCGACAAGGUCACCUUCCUGCCGAUUCCGGACACGACCGUCCGCCUCGCAAAUCUGCGCUCCGGCGAUCUUGAUAUGCUCGAGCGUCUCGCGGCAACGGAUGCGACUUCAGUGAAAGGUGAUGAUUCUCUUCAAUACGAAGAGGCAGUCAGCCUCGGCUAUCAGGGCAUUACGGUUAAUGUCGGCAAUGGUGACCGCGCCAACAAUCCCGUCGGUCAGGACGCAAGAAUUCGGGAAGCAUUCAGCCUCGCUCUUGACCGCGACGCAAUCAACCAGGUCGUUUUUGAAGGUGCAUUCGCACCUGGCAACCAGCCCUUCCCCCCGACAAGUCCCUGGUACGACAAGGACCAUCCGGUUCCGUCCAGAGAUGUCGAGAAGGCAAAGGCUCUCUUGAAAGAAGCCGGUCAUGACAGCCUUGAUGUUGAAGUGCAGGUCGCAAACAACCCGGUUCAAACACAGCUCAUGCAGGUUGUUCAGGCGAUGGCCGCGGAAGCCGGUUUCAAUGUCAAACUGAAGUCGAUGGAAUUCGCCAGCCUUCUGUCGGACCAGUCAGCGGGCGAUUACCAGGCAAGCCAGAUCGGAUGGUCGGGACGCGUAGACCCGGAUGGCAACAUCCAUCAGUUCGUGACCUGCGAGGGCGGUAUCAAUGACAGCAAAUAUUGCAAUCCGGAAAUAGACGCCCUUCUGGACGCAGCCAGAACAUCCACGGACCUGGAAAUCCGCAAGGAGAAAUAUGACGCGGCGCGUGACAUCCUGAAUGCGGACAUGCCGCUCAUCUAUCUCUACCACGUCACCUGGAUCUGGGCGCUUUCGGACAAGCUGGAAGGCUUCACCCCCUAUCCGGAUGGCAUGAUCCGUCUGGAGAACGUGAAGUUCAAGUAA